AUGACUGCCCUCGGUCACCAGACAUCCUUUGUAACUGGGAUCAUCAGAGGUAUACCCUGCUAUAAACCCUCAGAGGUGCCCCAGCACCCCCAGGCUGCAGCGGUGCCUGCUCCAUCACCUGCACCAGCGGCAGUGCCAUCCGCCCCUUGCCGGCCCAGGAAGAGGACCCAUGAGGAGGUUACCAACAGGGAAAGGGAGGAACCUGGGUCCCCCAGAAAGACAUUCAAGAGGCCUGGAAAGCAGUGGACAGAGCCAGCAAAGGUGACAAGGCUGGGACAUUGGGCUUCUUUCAUAACCCGCAUUAUCAGGGGAUUCAGGUGCCCCAGAGCCUUGGAAAUGGUCCACCCUCCCCAGCCCGUGGCUGUUCCAGUAUUAAUGCCGGCAUUCAUACCAGUGUUCAUGCCACUGGCCCCUCCCCAGCCCCAGAAGGGGCCCCACUCCCCAGAGGAUGACGGACCUCCAGCAAAGAGAAAGAAGAUCAGCGAUAUGGAGGGUCCUGCCACUGGUCAGGUGAGGCCAGUGGAAGCUGCGUUCCAUGGCAGCAGCAGCUCCCACCUCACUGCCAUCCAGAGCCACGCCACUCCACACCGACAUGGCCAACCGUCCGAUCCAUCAGACCAGAAAGAAUUGGGGCAGGAAGGGGAGACCGCCCCUGGAUCCGGCGACAAUGCUGCCAAGUAAUCUCC